CAAAUGAGCCUUAUGAGGUAUCAAACUGAAAACAGUUAAUCGUUUAUUUAUUACAGACAUUUUGAAUCAUUUCGUGUGAGCUGUACACGUGGGAAAUAUAACAACUUUGAAAAAUAAGUUCGUUUGCUAUUGGUUUUUUCGGGAAUUUCCUAUACAAAUUUAUUUUUAGAUAUAGGUUCUAAAAAUAGCCUCACUGAGAAUAAGAAAAAAUUGGAUGGAUUAAUGGAAGAUAGAUAAAAUGCUGUAAGAAUGGAUCAGAUACACAAAGAUGCCUUGCGCCGCACACGUGUGGCACUGGUGAAAGAUUUGGAUGUUGAUGUCAUUUGUGAUGAAGUCUUAGAGAAAGACAUUUUCACCCAACUUAUGAUGGAGUAUAUUAUGGCGGAGAGGACACGUAUUGACAAAGUCCGCAGACUCCUGGAUGAUCUGGUUAGAAGAGGACCCAACGCUUAUCAGGCAUUUCUUCAAGUUCUCGAUAUAAGUGGAUACCGUUUCCUUGCAAACCAAAUAAGAAAAAAUGAGGAACUUGUGAGGAGACAAAAAGAACCAAAUACUUCAGUUCCAAUACAAGCAACUAAUGAAAGUUAUUCAGAAAUUCAUCCUUCUAGCAUAUCCAGUGGUUUUUCAAAUCCUGUGAAAGCAGCUAACUUAAACUUUAAUGCCAGAAACACCACUGCUGAGCCCACCACCAGCCAUCCAAUUUUUGAACCAAAUUCCAUGUCUUUGGGAACAUCAGCAUCAAACUUCAGUUCCAGCAAUGCUUCUCCUUUAACAUCUUCUAUGGCAUCAAGUUCCAGAUCAGAAACAGGGAGUCUCAGUGUUACUGAAACGGAAUCAUCAGUUCCCAGUGAAUCAGCAGAUGACGACACACUGGAUCUAGAGUCAGAGGCCUUGUUAAAUCCAACAAGCAUGGACGUUGAUGACGAGGACAAUCAUAUUGAUCUUAACACAGAAGAGGUGCUCCUGAGAGGCUCUGACAACAGACAGAAUGAAGGAUUUUCCAUUCAACCUUCAGAUACAAGCAGUUCUUCAUACAGUCUUAAUCCACCAAUGACCAUGCCAAUUAGUUUUUACCAUCAGAGUAGAAGCCUGGAUAAGUGUUAUGUCAUGGAAUCAGACCCAAGAGGCAUAGUCCUCAUAAUUAAUAAUAAAGACUUCGGCAAGAACCAUAAGGAUCGUACAGGGACGGAACAUGAUUGCCAAAAACUGAAGGAUCUGUUCAAAAGUUUAAGUUUUAAGGUGGUAGUAAAGGAUAACCUGACUGUGGAGAAAAUGGUAAGAGAAUUUCAAGUUUUUGCAAAUCGUACUGACUUGGAAAAUACAGACUGUAUGGUGUUAGCAGUGCUUUCCCAUGGAACCAGUGACAACAUCAUAUGUGGAGUAGAUGGAAGAGGAAUAGAUGUUUAUGACAUUUUUCAUUUCUUCUCAGCUAAAGGAUGCCCCAUGAUGAGAGGCAAACCAAAGAUGUUCAUUUUCAACGCAUGCAGAGGAGAUAAGAGUGGAGAAUCAAUAGAAAUUAAUAAUACCCUAAAAGUGAGCAGUACGGUACAGACAGAUAAGCUUCAGAAAGAUGGACCCAAUGCGGAAUCAACAGACAGACAGAUUUUGGAUAUGCAGGAUCUCCUUUUGUGCUUCUCUACAUUUCCAGGAUAUAGUUCUUACAGAGAUACAAAUGAAGGAAGCUGGUUUAUCCAGGAGUUUGUCAGUGUGUUUGAGGAACAAGCUCAUAGUGAACAUGUCAUGGACAUGCUCACUGAUAUAAACCGAAGAGUUUCACAGAAAAAACACCAUGAAAAUGCAUCAGAAACCUGUGUACAGAUGCCAUUCCCAUCAACUUCAAUGACAAAAAAAUGGUUCAUCAAUCCCCCACAAAAUGGGGCAACAAGUUUUGCAUAUUAAGAAUUUUGCUGAAAUUUUCUGAAUUGUGGUGUACAUGUUCAAAAAGAAUAAGGAGAAAAAUGAUGCUUAAAACUGUAGCAUUUGUAAUUAUUUUUUGUAUUAAGUUAUGCAUGUACUACAGUUGUACAAUGUAUUUUUGUAUAAAUAGGUAAUCGGUCAUAUUUUUAAGAAAGACAAAGAAUGCAUUGAAUAUCACAAAAAUAUGCAAAAGUAAAUAGGUUUUUUGUCCUCUUACACAUGUAUGACAUAAUACAGGUUUAUUCUAUUCAUUUCAUCCAGUGCAAAAAUGUAAUCUCAUUUUUUCUUGGUUAAUUUUAAAUAAAUAAAAUUUAAUGUAUAUUUUCUGAGUUUUGGUACCAGAUAAAAUUGUUGACUAAUAUACAUGUAUCAAAACAUUCAAUGUAUUCUUGUGCAUGUAACAUUCUUUCUUUUUUUUGUUCUUGUGCAUGGAAUUGACUGAUAAGCUACAAGCUUUAUUAUGUCUUUUAUUAUUGUUGCUUGAUUGUUUUUGCCCUUUAAAAAUAUUGCAUAGACCUGUCAUUGAAGUAUAACGCUUAGUCUAGCAGAAAUAUGUGUACAUAUACUAUAUUUGUAAUAUAUAAGUUAAUGGCAUUCAAUGUUUAUACAUAUUCUAUUGUAUAUUGAUUUUCUUUUUUAAAAAAAGGGGGGGGGGUACAUGUAAUAACAUGUACUUUGUAAAUGCAUUUCUGUUUUAAUUUCUGAAUUUAUCAUUGCAAUGCCGUCGCAGUAGUAAUCGUUUGAGUGGUCCAAUGUUGCCCAAUUCUAGCUCUGCAGAAGGAAGAAAGUUAUAGACUGAGUUGUCUAGCAUUGAGAAAUGGUAUUUUUUAUGAAAACAAAAUUAGAGAAGUCCUGUGGGUUACUGAUAUUACGUUCAGAAAUGUAUAUGUGUUGCAUAUAUUUACUAUAUGUUUAUACACUUUACAGAGAGGUAAAGUUAUCUUUUUGAUAUAUCUUUUUUAAUUACCCAUGUAUUUUAGACAAUGUUGAAUUACUUUAUUAGAAAAUGAGUUAAUUUAGGUCAUCUAUGUGCCUCAGUGGACUUAAUGCUUUGGGUUCCGAUCCAUGGUGCAUUUUUGUAAGCUUUCAAAGAUUUUCAGUUUCUACUCAGAAAGUCAAUAGUGCUGAAGGGUUGGGGCCAAAACCAUCAAAAUUUAUGCAAUGUUUUUUAAAAAAAUGCUUCUCUAUACUCCUGUUCAUCUGUCUGCAAAAUUAUUACGAGCUCUUUGCCCUCUAUCAAAAGGUACCUGGGUCCAGACCCCUGGGUGGGGCUAAGUUAAUCAUAUAUUGAAAGUACAUUACACCUAUGAAAAUCUAUACUUCUGACCAUAUAUAUCUAGAAUGCAACUUGGUCCUCUAGCAGGCAAACUGAACAUAAAGAACUACCAGCCCCCUAAGACUGUAAAAUUCAUGAUCCCUGGGUUCUGGCUUGGGUGGGGCCAAGAUGGACAUAUAUUGAAAAUUACUGUAGUAUAUUUUUGAAACCUUCCAUAUUCCUAGACAUUUAGCAAUCAAAAUGUAUGCAUGAAGCCAGUAAGGGUAUGAGACUUUAAACAUAUUGUGGAAUUUGUUGCCUCGUGCUCAGGCCUGAAGAUGGGGCAUAUGUUGAAAUUGAAAUGCAUGUAUUAUGUGUAUAUAUUUAAAAAUCUUCUUUACUUCUGGUCUCAAGGAGGCAAACUUCAUGCAGUUUAAUAAUGAAGAAAUUCCUUUGCCAGUUUUUAAAUUUAAGUUAUAGUUUAAGAUGGGACUAAGUUGGUCAUAGCCUGAAAAAUUUGUGAUAUUCAGGUGAUUGUUAGGGCCCAUGGGCCUCCUGUAGUUACAUGGAAAGAGAAUAAAUCUUGCAUCAUGUGGUUCUAGUAAAUAUUUCACAUAACAUUUUAUGUUUUUAUUAGUUACUACUGAUUCCUUUUGCAAGAAGUGUGUGGUUCAUUGUUAAAAUUGUUUUAAUAAAGCUCAAAUUUGA